GAAAUCAGGAAUAGAAGAAGAUCAGGAAUCAGAGAGAGAUAGAGAGAACGAGAGAUGGAGGGAAUUGAAGGAGAUGGCCGUGGAAGGGGUGAGGGAAGCAGCAACAGAUACAGUCUGAAACCCUCGCGAGUUGCGAACGAAGAUAUUCUGAUUUGCCUGGACGUAGGUCCUCAGUGCCUCGUCGAGAUGAAAGGGGCCACCGGACCCAACGGCAGACCCCUCACCCGAUUGGACUCCGUCAAGCAAGCCAUCAUUCUCUUCGUCAAUGCCAAGCUCACCAUCAACCCCCAACACCGUUUCGCCUUCGCAACUCUCUCCAACACCAUCUCCUGGGUGCGGAAAGACUUCACCUCUGACAUCGACUCAACAAUCGCUGCAAUGCGUGUCAUUUCAGCUUCUUCUUCCGCCGGCCCACCCGAUCUCACCGUUUUGUUCGGAUUGGCCGCUCAUGAAGCCAAGAAAUCCCGUGUGCAGGGUCGCAUCUUUAGAGUUAUUCUGUUGUACUGCAGAUCAUCAGAGCGACCACAGUAUCAGUGGCCGGUGAACCAGAAGGUGUUCACAUUGGAUGUGAUGUACCUUCAUGAUAAGCCUGGUCCUGAUAAUUGCCCCCAGGAGGUUUAUGAUACACUAGUGGAGGCACUUGAACAUGUUAGUGAAUAUGAGGGGUUUAUCUUGGAGAGUGGACAGAGUUUGGCACGUGUUCUAUUCCGUCACAUCCUCACACUCCUGUCCCAUCCUCAACAGCGUUGUAUCCAGGAGUAUCUUGACAUUCCAAAGUCAAUUGCAAAGAAGGUUCCUCAGGUGGAGCCUAUGGCCACCGAAGAUACCGCUCCGAUAGCCACCCAAUAACACAAUGAAUCGGAAAGUGGAUUGCCUUGCACGCAGUCAACCUCUCAAGGGCAAUGGAAUAUGAUCACAUAACAAAGUUGGAGUCUUUUUGUUUCUGUGAUUGUUACUAGCAUGAACAAUUUCUGAUUUUGGAUUCAAUUCCCACAACCCACUUUCUUGUUCUCAAAUGUAUCACAAGUGUACUAUAGUUUAGGCAUGGUAAUA